AACUCGCGAAAAUGCGAAAAUAAAUCGAAAGAAGCAGAAGUAAAAAUAAAUUCGGGAAAUUAAGAAGAAGCCCCAGAACUGUACGGAGUGUGUGAACACGGGAACUCUCGUUAACAUGGUACUGCUCUUGGUGCACCUGCGGCGACUCAUUCUUCUGCUGACCGUGGUCCACCUGUGCGGGGCGGUGUUCCGGCGCCUGAUCACCGAACGACACCACGCCUACGUCCUGCAGCCCUAUGGCUUCCACGGAGUGGGACGCCUUCGGAGUGGCAGCUGGUUCAAGGAGCCGCUCCAUGUCCAGUGGUGGGCCUAUAUAUACACCUGCUACGGCUAUUUGGUGCUGGUCAACUAUGUCAAUAUGCGGCGGCUGACCAACCUGAUUGAGUUCUUCCUGAACUGAUACUCGUACUGUUUUUCGAUCGAUUUUACUUAUUUUUAAUCUAUGUAUGGUAUAGCUACAGACGCAAAAAUGUAUUGUAGGCCCUGGACUUAACAAAUAAUGGAUGCCUGAUAUUUGAGAUAUGGAAAUGCCUA